UUUGAUACUACUACUUCCGGGUCGUCAUCAGCUACUUACUGUUGACGCGCGUUGUGAUACUAAGUACUAGUAGUUGUGCAGAGGUUUCUCCACAUUUCUCGAAGGACACGGUCCUGUUUUCGGCUAUUUUACCCACAGAUUGUAUGCAAGGCAUCAGCAUGGCCCAGUCUGAGAAAGCUGAAGAGAUUCUGGAGAAACCUCACCUGACCGAGGAGCAGGCAGGACAGCUGGUGGAGAGACUCUAUGGGCUCAAGGUCAAGUCUGUAAAGCCACUGGACAGCUAUUAUGACAUGAACUUCUAUGUGACAGUUGAUGGCCCUGCCCCAUGGGCUCAUGGGUACACGUUGAAGGUUACGAAUGGCACCGAGUCGAAAAAUGAGGAUCUGAUAGAGGCACAGAACAAGAUGAUGGCAUUCCUAGCAGACAGAGGAUUCCCAGUGCCCAGAGUCGUGCCAAACCUCCAGGGUAGAGACAUGAGCCUGGAACAACUACUGAAGAACGAAAAUGUUAGCUAUUCUCACAACAUUGUUCGCCUUCUGACAUACCUCCCUGGGACCGUAUACCACAAUGUUCCAGUCACUCACCACUUAGCCUACGAGGCUGGUGCUUUUCUAGCCAAAGUACAGAAAGCCUUGAGGGAUUUUUCUCAUCCAGCCUUGCACAGACCAGACUUUGUGUGGAGCCUAAGAUAUGUCCCUAGCCUUGAGAAGCACCUGCACUGCCUGAAAGAGGACCCUCAUGUAGACAUAAUCAGAGAGAUCAUUCAAGCUUUCAGAGAAAAAGUGCUGCCACGCAUGGAUGACCUUCAACAAGGAGUGAUGCAUGGAGAUUUCAAUGAGCAGAAUGUCCUGGUAGAGGAGGAUCCUGUAACCCCCAGUGAGUACAGAGUUUGUGGGCUUCUGGACUAUGGUGGCAUCAUCGUUGACCCCUACAUAUUUGACCUUGCCAUCGCCCUGAUGUACUUCAUGUCAGUAGUAUUAAAGGAUCCUUUCUCAUUCGGGGGACAACUUGUAGCAGGAUAUGAAAGUGUCCGUGCCCUGACGCCUGCAGAGUGGGAUGUGUUGUACUACUGUGUUGCUGCCAGGGCCUUGCAGUCAUACGUGUUGGGGCACUACACCGCCAGCCUCCAUCCUGAGAAUACAGAAUACCUCAUGUUCACAGCAGGAAGUGUCUGGAAAUUCAUCGAAUUGUGGUGGGGAACCCCUAAAGAGGAGAUCUACAAACAGUGGAGGAAUAUUCAAAAUAACUGAUAUGGAUUGUGACGUUUUUUUUUAAUUUUUAUACAUAUGGUGUUCACCAGGUCCGACAAUGUAAAACUCAUUGUCAACAUUUGUAAAAAAAGUCACUAAUAUAUGUAUAUAGCGGAAAACGUUGCCCUUAAUACAUGGUAUAAUUGAAUGUAUGGUAUGAUUAGACUAGUGUAUUAUGUAUAUUUUACUAGUAUGAAUAUCUUUUUGAUUUUCAUUAGCCCCUUUUAGUGCCAGCGGGAGCUCGACCAAAGUAAAGUAAAGUUUAGUGCCAGCUUAUCAAAUAACUUGAUUAAUAAACCAUAAAGUAGUUUUUGAUAGCUAUGUAAAACUGAUAGAAUUUUGUUAAUUUAAGAGUCACUCUUCGUUGUUAAUAGAUGGUUAAUUAUGGUAUAGUUGACACGAAUAUAUUCCUUAUGUAGGUACAUG